CUGUUUUUUUGCGUCAUAUGCACUCUUUCUCCCAAUUGUUUAUUUAUUAUUUUUGCUCUGAAAAUAUUUCACUGUCAUAAAUUUUCGCAGUUUUUUUUUACAUCCAGCAGCACUGGGCCCAUGCUUAAACGCGCCCUGAACAUCACCAGCUACUUCUCAAACCAAUCAACACGCCUGAUACACUUUGCAAAUAAAACACCGGCGAUGGUCUUCUAUGCCUCAUCAACAAAGGCCGCAGCCGCCACUAACCCCUCGGCACUGCGCAUCCGUGGCGUUGUUUUUGACAUGGACGGCACGCUAGCCACCCCAAUGACCGAGCACUUGGUCCGGCUGCACAAGGAGCUGGGCGUGCCCAGAAAAAUGGGAAUCUUGGAGUACGUCGAUGAGUGUCUGGAGGGAGAGGCCCGCGUACUGGCCGAACAACGCAUAUUGGAGGUCGAAACCGAGGCAAUGGGCAGUAUGGAGCUGUCCCCGGGCCUGGUCGAGCUGCUGCAGUUCUUGCACGACAACGAAAUGCCCAUCGCUAUCAUCACUAGAAAUAACGAGAAGGCCGCCGAGCAUUUCCUUCACCAAGUUGUUACCAGGCAGCCCGAGGAGCAGUGGAAGCUGUUUGCAUUUGACCCUGUGCUCGACCGCAGCUUUGUGCCGACAAAGCCGCAGCCGCACGCCCUGCUUCAUAUCAGCCAGACGUGGGGAAUUUCGCCGCAUGAGCUGAUGAUGGUCGGCGACCAUCUGGACGACCUCCUGUGCGGAGUGCGUGCGGGCAGUGUGUCGGCGCUGCUGAGAUACAGCUAUAACAGAGUCUUUGAAGACAAGGCGCACAUAUCAGUGGACCAGAUUGACGGUUUGAUCGAGAAACUCGCUGGAGGGUUUGAGGCUGACAUGACGAUAACUGGUAAUUCUGAGCUGGAUUAUUUUUAACACGAAUUAGUAUCUGAAGGAUUACACUUUGCUGUGUUGUAUCAAUCCGCUGGUUUUAUAUAUAUAUGGUUGAAAAGGGGGAUGCAAUUGAAUUUUUGGCCAACACAGAUGCCUCCUUUCUAUCUAUCUAUAUUGGCAUUAUUGGGUUUGGGGACGAUUAACUCAGGACUUUAACUGUGAAAUUUUCAACUUGCUGCAGCAGCAGGCUUCAUUUGCACAUAUUACCUGUUUGAGCGCCCGAAAUGGUUGUCAGGCUUUGGUCGGCAAUAGCAAUUGUACAAUAGGGUUUUUUCUUGAUCUGCCUGCAUUCUGUAAUGUAGUCUUUCGAUAUUCUUAGUUGCUUAGCUUUUUUAUCUUGCUUUUUUUCAAAAAAUAAAUUUAUUAUUAAAGGGUCAA